AUGGCCGUUGCCCUUAGUAACCAUCGUGAAUUAUUCCGUCUGAUACCGGAAACGAGCAGCAGGAGACCUGGUGUUUAUGAAACUAUACGUGACGAGAGUGGACAGCCUAUCCACAACUUAUCAAAACGCCUGGAACGUUGGGCUGAGCACUUUGAAAGGCAAUUUAAUCGGUCGGAAUUGUUAGAUUUCUCGCCGACCAGUGAUCGACCCGCUCCGUGGGCUGUUCCUUUGGAUCCACCCUCUCGCUCAGAAGUCGAACGUGAGAGCGAACUGUUGAAGUUAAAUAAAGCCUCGGGACCUGAUGACCUACGUCCAGCCCUCUUCAAAUUCGGGGGACCUGCUCUUGUGGAUGAUGUACACGAGUUUCUAGUGAGACUGUGGGAGCAGGAAACUGUCCCAACCGAUUGGAGCCGCUCCAUCAUUGUCCCAAUUUUCAAAGGAGGCUCACGAUCGGAAUGCGGCAGCCAUAGAGGAAUCAGUCUGAUCUCCAUCGCCUCCAAAUUGCUUGCCUCUGUCAUCCUUCACCGAUUGACUGGCACUCGUGAAAGCCAGAUUCGUGAAGGGCAAGCCGGAUUUCGUCGAGGUCGUUGCUACCUUGACCACAUCUUCACCUUGCGUCAGUUGUUGGAGCAUCAUCACAUAUAUUGGCGGCCCACCGUUGUCGUGUUCCUCGACAUCAAAGGUGCAUUCGACUCGGUGGAUAGACAUGCGCUUUGGGACUGUCUACUCAGGAAAGGUUUACCUGAGAAAUAUCUUACAAACGUGCCAAGCAGCACUGGACAGAUUAGCACUAGCUGUCCGUCACUUCGGGCUUUGCUUCGCACCCUCGAAGUGCAAAGCGUUUCUCCAAGAUUGGUCCAGACCGCCUCCUACGCUGACCCUUGGUGGGGAUCAGCUAGAAGUCCUUCAAAAAUUCAACUACCUGGGAAGUUGUAUCAGCGUCCGUGGGACUGA